AUGGCUUUGGUUUGGCUGGUCCUGGCUGGGAGUUUCUUCGCUGCGUUGCUGGCUCAGCGAUUGCCGCAGCUUAAACCUCCAUCGGGGACUGCGUCGCUCAGCUUUGCGGGGCUCUUUCAGGACCUGAUCCGCUACGGGAAGACUAAGAGCGGCUGGCAACGCCCGGUCGGGCUGCAGAUGUUCGAUGUGCCCAAGAGGUGGUUCUAUCACUUCUAUGUUGUGUCUGUGACCUGGAAUGGCUUCUUGCUAGUCUUGCUUAUCCAAAGUCUGCUUCUAUCAUGGCCCUUUCCCAUUUGGCUUCAGGACUUACUCACCGCUGUGGAUGGAGCAUUGCAGGACAAGCACAGAUGCACGGACAGUUCUGUGAAUGGUGGUGAGUCUUUGUCUGCUUUCCUGGUGUGCCUUUUCGUCUGGUUAAACAGCUGUAGACGGUUAAGAGAGUGUCUUCACAUCAGCAUAUUCUCCAACAGCGUCAUCCAUAUUGUACAGUACUGCUUUGGACUUUGCUACUAUGUUCUGGUGGGCUUAACUGUGUUAUGUCAAGUACCAGCCAAAGUCAGGGAAGGGAAAGAUUACCAGCUCACAGUCUGUUGGUACCAUGUCCUAGGACUCAUGAUGUUCAUUUGGGCUUCUCUUCAUCAGCAUAGAUGCCAUGUGAUUCUAGCUAACCUUAGGAAAAAUAAAUCAGGAAAAGUGGUAAACUUGGAUCACAGCAUUCCUUUUGGUGAUUGGUUUGAAAUGGUGUCCUGCCCACAUUACUUGGCUGAACUCCUAAUAUACAUUUCGAUGGCCAUCACGUUUGGAUUGAACAAUUUCACAUGGUGGCUGGUUGUGGCCUAUGUAUUCUUUAACCAGGCCAUGAGUGCUGUCUUGUCGCAUGAAUAUUACCUCAGCAACUUCAAGCACUAUCCAAAGUGUCGGAAGGCUUACAUCCCCUUUCUUCUCUAGACAGUUUAUUUAAAAUAAUGUGGGCAUUCCAUUCAGAAGGGAAUGCCCACAGACUGCAAGUAGUCAAGCGGUUGUUAUCAGUGAAGAAUUUGACUGAAAUUUAAUUGGUGCCAGUAACUGGAUUGGGUUUGGUACCUGAGUCAGAUUUGACAGUCUCAGAAUGGGAGUGAGGAAGGUCAAGCCUGUUUGCAAAGCACAUAAUUAGAAACUGAGUUGAAUUUAGGAGAGGAAGGUGUCAGUGCAUACCUCUAAUAUCUGUUCUGGAGUAAAUCCCAUUGAAUUCAAUGUGUCUUACUCCCAGGUGAGUAUAUAGGAGUGUAGCUAUAUACUGCAAGUGCAGAAAUGUUUUUGGGUGAAUGAUGGAUUAUCCUCCAUGCUGUCCAUCCCAGGCCAGAUACUUUCAGGCCUGUCCCGAGUGUAACACCCCCAGAUGAAGCUUUUUCUUCAUGCUGGCAGAAAGCACAGAACUGUGCCUGCUCACAGCACAGCGGGAGGACCAGGCUACCCUGUAUCCUUGCAGCUGUUGCUGACCUGUGAUUGGACAUCAGAUGUGUACCGAGGAUAUUCUUCCAGGGGAUGGAGCUUCAAGCCUUAACUUCCCGUCCCAUGGAAGUGUGGGGUGUCCCACAUAUGUUCUGCACCCCUGCUAUAGAAAUUUAACUGAGAAACAAGCUUUACUAAAUGCAAUGGGAUAUAAAAGUAAACAUGCAUAGGAUGGCGCUGUUCGACGUAUGCUGGGUUUUGUUUCCAACAUGCUGAAAUCCUCAAGUUGCUUUUUCCAUCUUUACCAAAAGGGAAAUAUUUACAUUACAACAAUCAGCUUACACUAAUUGAUGACUAGAAGAUACUAUUGAGUUGCACCAUGGCUUUGCAGCAGUUUUGCUCAGAACACCACUAUCUUCAGUCUGAUUCACAUAGGCAUGUACAUCACUCCAGCGAAGAAAUGAAGAAAAAUUAACACUGGACUGGCAGUUGCAAAUAUGAGAUGGUUCUGUUGAAAAGCAUUGCACAUGGAGGCAAUAUGAAGAUUCUCUCUGCUGUACUGCUGUAUGGUCUGUGAUGGGCAUCCACAUAAGUAUCUAUCAUUACCUGAAGCUACAAACAACAUGCAAUGGAUAUGGUUGUGUAAAGUGGUUCCUUGUGUUAUAGAAGAUGAAAAUUGUACAGCCUUUCAUUUUAAGGUCUGAAUUUAAAUCUUGUUUAGAAGCAGAUCCCAUCCCUGUAGCUUCUCUUUGUUGAUUUAACAGUGCUGGAUAUUCUUGAGAUCCAGAGCACGGCUUCCUUCACCAACUUUUUUUUAAUUUUAGCAGCAGCAACAAAACAAUGAGGAGCUUGUUGGUGAAUUUCAAUGGCAAACCACAGGUUGUCUAAACAGGCCAAUUUUAGCUUUAAAGACUUUAAAUUUAGUCUUUUUAGGGCAUGCUUGUGAUUUGCUUCUGGAAUUUGAUGAUAAACUGCUCUUUGUUCUGCUGAUGCAAUUUAGCAGUGACUGUGCAGCCCCCAGGGAGAUUAAAACUGGUCUUGAGCCUCUGAAGUUCCCUUCCCCUGCUUUAGAUAUUAGGAUUCAGGCAAGGAACUAAAAGUGGAGUGAUGAGACUUCUCUGCAGUUAGCUUGAAAGAUGACUCUGCAGCUCUCUCCAGGCGGCACUCUGCCUCUUCCAACUAUGUCAGCCCUCCUCGGCUUGGUGUUCCAACAUAUGUGGAAAGCACAACUCUUGCUGUCCAUGGAAAGCCUGGCAAAUUCUAGAAUCUUCUGGAGAAGGUCUUGAUAAAUGCUUUUACUGGUCAACACAUCACAAUAAGGAGAGUUCAAGUGUUUUGUUUACAAUCCCACUUGUCCAGGUAAUUUAUCAAUGUACACCACCAUUGACAUAGGCUGUUUCCCUCUUCCCUGCACAUGGAGCAUUAGAAGAUGCAUUGCUUAAUCCUUCCAGUGUCCUUUUCCCCAAAGUACUUAAAAUAUUUUCCUGUUUACUCCAUGGAGUAGAAUCCAACAGGGCUGUUCCACUUCUGCUUCAGCUACACUAAUGUGGCCCACAGCUUGUGCAACAAGACUUUGGUGCUUCUAAAACUAACCCCAGAAACUAGAAGGAAUGCACACAGCCAGAAUAGGAUAGGUCAGAGGGGCUGCCCUCUAUGUGCUCUGUUGACUUGUCCCAUUUCAGAAAUGACCAUUUGGUCUGGAUUCUCUGUUUAAUUUAGAGACACCCAUGCCCUUUUAUACAAGCAGUGGGUAAUGUAAACACAUGGACACCGUAGGAUACUACCCCAAAAGUUCCUAGAAGAGUUCACACAAAUAGUCACAGAGCUGUGGGACCAGAACUUUUCCCAUGAAAAUAAGUGAACAAGAAUGGAAAGGCUUUUCAUAUGAUGUAACAGGAUGAAGAAAACUGUAUGUCUGACAGGAUAUUUCCUAAAUGACCACUGCAGGCUUUCCCUCCUUCCUUCCCUUAUGAAUACGUUUUGUUUGGUAUAGCCGUUACAAUGUUUUUAUAAAGCUGCUUCAUCCUUCUGUUGUCUAUAUAAUUCAAUGUGAUAUUUAAAUAUUUAAUAAAACUUUGCACCACCAGUCGGCUUUGAAUGGAAAAAGUGUAAGGGUGCCUUUCUCAAUUUCUGUGACUGAGAGAGAAUAAAGUGGGAAAUUAAAGUUUUCACGAAGCAUUUUAAAAAUACAUUUGCAGAGAGAGUGAGCAAGGACAGGCAAAAAGCUGUGCUGCCAGUUUCCUGAGUAAGGAAAAUAAAGUGCUCUGCCAAGCAAA